AUGGGCAUGGAACGUAUCGUACGAGGGGCCCUGUCCGUCUCACUUGCGAUCAGACGACAAACCUCGGUCCCUCAUCGUUGGACGCAGCUGCGGCGAAUCCAAUCCAGUACCACAAACCACAGCCCAUCCGCGCCGCCAUCACCGGCAACAGCGGCUGAAAAUGCGAACACCCAGACCCCUCCCCACGGCUCUGCGACGGCUUCAGCUGGAGCCCCCGUGCCCUCGAUCCCCGAGCGACCCUCGCGCUCGCUGCGUCAGAUAAUGAAGGCUAGUCCGCUGGGGAAGGCCGUGGGCUGGUAUAGCCGGCAGCAGCAUGGCCGCCCGUAUUGGACGCAGGUGUGGAGUACGCUUAUCAUAUACUUAUGUGCAGACCUGUGUGCGCAGCUGCUGGUAUCCAGUGAUGAAGCAUCGGAGGCGGGGGAGCUGCAAGGUGAAGUUGCUGCUGCCCAGCAGGACGAAGAUCAGGAGAGCACGUCGAGUGUGUGGGCGAAUUACGAUGGGAUGCGGACUGCGAGACAUUUGACGGUGGGAGUUGUUGCCGCGAUUCCGGUGUAUAGAUGGUUUAUGUUCCUUCACCAUCAUUUUAAUUAUGCCUCGAAAGCCCGUUCUAUCCUCACUAAAGUUGCCGUAUCACAAUCCAUAUUCACUCCUAUUUUCAAUACCUACUUCUUUGCCAUGCAGUCUCUGCUCGCCGGAGCGUCACUGUAUGAUACGUGGGAGAGAUUGAAAAAGGCCGUGCCGAAUAGCAUCAUGAACAGCGCCAAACUGUGGCCCGGUGUCACCGCUUUCUUAUUUUUAUACGUGGAGCCGCAGUUCCGCAGCAUCGUUUCAGGCAUUGUGGCUGUGGGCUGGCAGGCAUAUUUAAGUUGGCUCAAUCAAAAGGCAGCUAGGGAAGUUAGGGAGGCUGCUAUUAUAGAAGCCGCUGAGCUUCUGCAAGACACAGGUUCUCACAAAGGCGCGCUGCUGCAUACCCCGUGA